CGGAAGCGGCGUGUGGGCCGGCCGGGCAGCGCUCCCGCUCCGCCUGCCCGUCCUGCCGGCCCGGCGCGCCGCGGCCCCGCCGCCGGAAAGAUGCUGCCCCUCUCCAUCAAAGACGAUGAGUACAAGCCGCCCAGGCUCAACCUGCUCAGGAAGGUGUCGGGCUGGUUCAGGUCUAUCCUGGCCGACAAGACUUCCCGCAACCUCUUCUCCUUCCUUUGCCUCAACCUCUCCUUCGCCUUCGUGGAGCUGCUCUACGGCAUCUGGAGUAACAGUUUAGGUCUGAUAUCAGAUUCUUUUCAUAUGUUUUUUGACUGUACUGCUCUAUUGGCUGGAUUAGCAGCUUCAGUUAUUUCAAAAUGGAGGUCAAAUGAUGCUUUCUCAUAUGGUUAUGUUCGAGCAGAAGUACUUGCUGGUUUUGUAAAUGGCUUAUUCCUCAUCUUUACAGCAUUCUUCAUUUUCUCUGAAGGUGUUGAGAGAGCCCUUGAGCCUCCUGAUGUGCAUCAUGAGAGACUUCUUCCUGUUUCUAUACUAGGAUUCAUUGUAAAUCUGAUAGGAAUAUUUGUUUUUCAGCAUGGAGGUCACGGGCAUUCACACAGCUCUGGGCAUGAGCACAGCCAUUCUCUGUUUAACGGUGGUCUCAGCCAUGGGCACAGUCACAGAGAUCAUGGACACAGCCAUGAACAUAAACAUUCCCAUGGACACAGUCAUGGUCAUGGCCAUGGCCACUCUCAUGGUCAGGAAUAUUGUCAUGAUGACCAUUCCCUUGAAGUAAUGGCUGGAUCCAGCAAACAGAUUUUACAAGGUGUAUUUCUGCACAUUGUGGCAGACACGCUGGGAAGUAUUGGUGUAAUCAUAUCUGCUAUACUGAUGCAGAACUAUGGGCUAAUGAUAGCAGAUCCUAUUUGUUCAAUGCUGAUAGCACUACUUAUAGGUGUAAGUAUUGUUCCACUUUUAAAAGAGUCCAUUGGGAUUUUGAUGCAGCGAACUCCUCCUUCCCUGGAAAAUGCCCUGCCUCAGUGCUACCAGAGGGUGCAGCAGUUGCAAGGAGUCUACAGUUUACAUGAUCCACAUUUCUGGACCCUCUGUACUGAUGUUUACAUAGGGACUUUGAAGUUACUAGUAGCUCCUGAUGCUGAUGGGAGGUGGAUUCUUAGCCAGACUCACAAUAUUUUUACUCAGGCAGGAGUAAGGCAGCUUUACAUACAGAUUGAUGUUGCAGCCAUGUAGUCAGUUUCUGGAAUGGUGCUGUUGGACCAAAGUUUUCAGUACUGUACUGGUGUAGCAACACUUCUUGAGACAGAGCCUGCCUCCAUCACGUCUGCAAUUGACUGAAUAGAUUUCUGCCCUUGGGCUACGGAGGAAGUUCAACUUCUAAGGAGUAAAUAUUGAAUGAAUGUUAUGGACUUUGGGUCUUGUUUUUUUUGGGGCCCCUAAACUCAUAAGUUUUUGAGGGUUUUUUUACUUAAUAAGAUUGUGGUACUGGAAACCCUGUCAUGUCUUCAGUAAAGCUGCUGAAACCACUGCUCAUUCCCAUAAAACCAGUGUUAUCGGCAAUUGGAAACUUGUUUUGUAGACAAUGUCACAAUGGCUGACAUGCUUCAGUAUAAUUGUAUGUUUGUACAAUUGUUUGUACUUUGCAAACUUAAUGAACCAAACCAUAUUGGGUUUUCAAAGUGCCUUUUAUAUCAGGAGAGCUACUUGCCAGCAUAAAUAUGGAGCAUCAAAGGGUUUUACUACUUUUACAAAUAAUCUUGUAUGCAGUCUGAUUAUUUACUAGUGAUGUAUGCGGGGGGGGUUGUGUACUUACCUAACUGUAGAUGUUAGACUUCCAUUAUAUUUGCAUCUUACCAGACAGAAAAAUUCUAAGUGUAAAAGACAAAGCUGUUGUGAAGAGACUUGCUUCUGAGACAAGCUGGGUAUUUUGUUGCACGUCUUGUGAAAAUUAUUUUAGGCCAAAUGUUAGAUUUAACUCCAAUUCUUAGUCUCUUCAUGCUGUUGAGAGUAAUGAGACAUUAUAUGAUGUUGCUCAUGUUCAGUCACUUAAACAAUGGGCAGUUGAAGGAAGAUGCUGGUGAUGGAAGCAAUGCUUGAAGUUUUUUAUUUUCCAAAUCAUGUGAUGGAAAAAAACUAAAUCCUGAAAUUGUGGGAGCUUAAGUCUCCUUGAUUUUAAUAGGUUGUUAUAAUUAAAGUGAUGAAGUUCAAAUUUUGCCUUUCCAAAUAUUGAAAAUAGUUGUUUCUGGCAGUUAUACCCAAAAUGGAAAUAAGGACCACUUUUCAUGCUGUUUUAGCUUAUGCUUUUCCCAGGCUGACAAAUCUUACAUCUUCAGCUAUUUUACUGCAGCCUUGUGUGUUUUCAUAGGGAAGAAAAUUCUCAGUGCAGUAAGGGUUGUUAGAUUGGGUUUUUCUUUCCAAAAAACAUUCUUCCAUCAUAUAUUUUCUCAUUUUCUACUCAGAUAUCUGAGUGUCACUUUCAAAAGCCAUCUGCUAUGUUUGGUAUUACAGAUGAUAGUUCCACUGUGCUGUAGUAGUUCACUUAAUAAUCGAAGACUUUUUAAGAGGACAUUUUACAAACAGAACAUGGUGAAGUAAAAAGCAAUACAGGCAUUUUUCUGAGAAAUCAUAGCUGCCACUGAUUGGUAUGCAUUUUAUUGUGGUACCUGUCAGAGGUAAUACUAAAAUCAAGGCCCUGAGAAGCUUACAAUGUCUGUGUAGUAAGUGAUAGGUACUAUGAAAUUACUGAAGAUUGACUUGCAGAAAUGGUUUGUUUGCCACUGAUACUGUUGAAUCCAUUACAGAUAUGAAGAGUUUCUUGCAUUCAUUCUGUUGCUUCUAUAUACCACCUGAUUUCUUUUUACGUGAAAACACAACACUUGCCAAAUUUGAUGGUGGUUCCUGAAUUUUCCAGUUGAGAUAUUGAAACAUGAAUGUUGACUUUGCCCAGAUCUUGGGGGUGUACUCUUGUGCCUAGAACUGGGAACUGGGUGUUGGCAGUACAAAAAAAAAAUGGCAGUACAAAGCCACCCAUUAUAUUGGUUUUAAUCUUUGCUGUCUCUUCCAGUCUUCAGAUCCUUCCACUGCCAUUUGCAAUGCUGUUUGCUCUCCCUGGGCACGCAGGCGCAGAGUGCCCUCCCGGCAGGCUGCAUGUUCCACAUCUCUUUCCUGGCCUCCACCUGGCACUGUCAGGCUCUCUCCCUAUCCCACCUGGCAGAUGCUGUGCCUGGCCCAGAGUUCCUGACUGGAAGGUGGAAGUUACACAGCACAGGGUAGGGUGCAGGAAUCUGUUGAGCAGGUUGGAGUGCUGCAGUUUAAGAUCCUCUGUGCAUGUAUGUUCACAGACAAGGUGGUGAAAAUCCAGUUGUGAUUAUAGGGUGGAGGUACUGUUUUGUAGUGUGGUGCAUAUAGGCUGCUGCUUGCUGGCUGCCUGCAGGACUUCCUCAUUUUUUAAGAGUUACUAUUACUGCUAUUUGAGGCUAGAGAAGACCAACUGCUAUCACUUUAAAUGCAAGCACCAGACAGGUUCAUUGCAACUGUGUCAUGACCCAAGAACAGGCUUUGGUUUAAGUCGUCUUUACACCAGCAUGUUUCAGGACUGAGUGUUCCUGGACUUGUUGAAAUGCUGUAGUGCUGCCCAAGUUGCUGAGCUUGGCCUCUAUUUUAGCUUCUUAAUGAAAAGACAACUAUUUGUUUCCAAGUGAGAACCUGGCAGAGUGGCUGUUUGUUUGAUAGUGGUGAUGGUGUUCUCUUAAAUGUACAGCUACCAAAUUUCUAAUGUGGGAAAUGGAGGAAAAAGCCUAUAAGCCUGUUACAAUUACUCAACAAUUUUAAUAACUUUUAAGAAUUGUUUAUGCUUGUUAUGAUUUAGCUGAUUGUUGGAAGCAUAUGUUCAAACCUGAAUUUUCUAGCCAAGCAAGAUAGUACUUCAUUAUGUUUAAGCAUUUAUAGUAAGAAAUAUAUCAUUUGUUUGUCAAAUGUAAUUGGGGAUAGCCUAGGGAAGUCAGAUUCAAAACAGAUUUUAGCCUUUUUAGGCUUUCUGAAAAAGGAUAAGCAUCACAAAAUUCUACACACACAGUGUAUGACAUGUUCAGUCAGUAACUGCAGUCAUAUUUAGUAUGUCAGUAAACAAGGGACAUCUGAUAUUUUUUUCACCUAAGGGGAUACUUGCUCAGGUUUUAGAGGAGUACAAACCAUGCAGUUGAAAGCAAAAGCGAAGCUUUCUUUACCCUGAGAGCCAAAGCACCAUUAUUUGUGUUUUGCUAAUUACUUAACACUGGUUGCUUAUGUAGCACUUUGCUAUUGACACUUUACUGGAGGGUACAAGGUGGGAUUUAAACAAAGUCUUGUGUGACUGACAUCCAGAGAUGGGUGAAUGGCUGCAGAUAAUGUGCUAAAACUCAGCCUCCUGGUAUCCACUUCUGAAUUUUGAAUCAAGUUUUCAAAGUGUGGUUUUCUCACGUUUUCAUGUAGCUGAUAUUUACUACGGGGUUACUGGUCUGUCUUCGUGGGUUAUUUUUUUCUGCGACUGAAACCAGCAACUUAAAACCCUAUUGUUCCAAAGACCAAGCCUGCAAACUGCAUGAUUUUUACCACACCUACAGCAAAAUAAGAAGAUAAAACAAAUAUUAGUGUCUGUAUUAAAAUGCCUCACUGUUUUUUGGGCCAAAUAACAGUGGAAGAAAACUUCUCCUAUGAAUAUGCACAGUAAGGACUGGUCCUUUAUAGGCUAAUCUGGUAAGUACACAGCUCUGGAUAGACUGGCUGCUUUCAUCAGGAGGGCCCCUACAGAGAGCUGAGUUACUCGUGUGAUUUGCCAAGCUAGGAUGGAAAGUAAAUAAAUGACUUUGCUUUUUAUGUAAUAAUUCCUACUAAAGCAAAAAUUUCAGUUGCAUCAUUAGUAAAAACUGUUGACACUAUUUUUACACCAUUCAUAAUUUACUUUUUUUUAAGAUGUAAAACUGGUUUUAAAGGUGAAGGAUAAUUAAUGGUUUCUCUUUUUAACUGAUGUAAGUGAACCUGUUCUGGGAAUGUAAACAAGAUACGAGAGGAGAGAAUCUGCUGGUGAACUGCAAUUUUCCAUCUUCUGCACAUAGUGUGCAAACAAAUUGUAAAGUCCAUGGCUUUUCUUUCACAGUGCAGAUUGCAGCUGCACAGUGCAGAUUUUCAGUUGCAUACUUUUAUAAAAUGCAAACUCUUAUGGGACUGUUUCUUCAUGACACAAAGUCUUAAAUACCAGUUCAGAGCAACAAUUUUAGUUAAUAAUUAAACCCUGUCCUGUUUUCUCCAGCAGCCAUUAGAUUGCUAUGAUUCUUGAUUAUCCCACUCCUUUAAGCAGGAUUGGAUUUUUGGGUUUUUUUUAAACAAUUUCUCUGAUCCUCAAUACUGACUCUGUAGUUAAAUCCUCCUUUACACUUCUGUGAAAAUCCUUACCUGCAGGUUGCUGGGGCUCCCUUUUGGAUUUGUCCCCUGUUAGGCUUUGUUGCAAAGCCUAUCCCUGUGGGCACUUCCUUGGCCAGACACUGCUAUAAUGUGAAGAGAUGCCAGCCAUGCUGGGCCUGGCACGCGAAGACUGAGUCUUGCUGUGUGCAAAUACUGCUCAACCUACUUGUCUGUUUCAGUGAGCCACAAAAGGUUCCUGCCUAUGUGGUAAUUUGGCUGAAAUGAUGUGUAAAAAGAGCUGGGUAUUUUACUUCCCAUGUGCAUUGGAGCCUCUCACAUGUAUGCUGGGAUCUUGUACAAGAGUUAAAUGAAUCACUACACUAUCUUGGCUGAAGUGUGAAAUAAUGUGAAUGAAGCAAUUGCCAAAAUCAUUCCUGGUAGCAUACAACAUAUUGCUUGCCUUUACCUUUAAAUUACAGGAAUUACUCUUAGCAGUGAGCUUCAGUUCAAUAGCAAACUGUGUCGAAUUACCUGUGAAGAAAUCUGGCAGGUAACACAAGGCAGCUCACUAAAAUUCUGAAGACUAUGUAUGAUUUUGUUCUGGAAUGCUAAUGCUAGUAGCUUAGCCACGGCUUGUCCCAAGUGCAAUAUAAAGAAAUUUUUAAUGUAAUCUUUUCUACUUGAAUACAGUCUAUAUAAAAUGUUAAAUAUCCUAUAUUGCUGAAAAGAUAUGGGAUCAAAUUUCUUUCCAAUAAAUCUUCAGUUUAAAAAAAAAUA